CCCGAGGUGGGGCUUGAACUCACAACUCUGAGAUCAAGGUCAUAUCCUCUACAGAUUGAACAAGCUAGGCACGGCUGGAGGACAUAAAUAUUAACUCCAUAACAGAUGCCGGCUUCCUAGAAUGAUGCACUUCCUAUAAAGGAAGAAACGUAGAUCUCAAGUCUAGAAACUCAUUCUUGCCGAGGAUACCUUUGAUGAGACACCUGAAUACUGAAAAUGACCAAGUCCCAGGGCUUGUUGUCAUUCAGUGAUGUGGCUGUGGAUUUCACCUGGGAAGAAUGGCAGCUGCUAGAUACUGUUCAGAGGAACCUCUACCGGGAUGUGAUGUUGGAAAAUUAUAGCAACCUAAUGUCAUUGGGUUAUCAAGUUACUAGACCAGAAGCAAUGGUCCACUUGGAGAAAGAACAAGGAGUGCUAGAGAGAGAAUUCCCAAGUCCGUCUGGUCCCGAAAGACCACGUCAGUGUUUCUCAAGAGGAAUACAUCUGGAACAAAAGUCAGAUUCGAAAUUUCAGAGCAAAAACUAUGCAGAAAUGAAUUGUGAUGAAUUAAACAGCCACGGGAAACCAUUUUUCCAUACUCUGCAUGAAACCUGCCAUACUCAGGCCCCGUACAGCGAACAUAAUUUCUUUGUGAAGACGUUCAGCAUGGCAAAAAAUCUUAAAAGACAUCACAGAAUUCACGUAGAACGGAAACCUUAUGAAUGUAGUGAGUGUCCAAAAUCCUUCAGGUAUAAGUCAAAGCUCAUAAUACACCAGAGAACUCAUACAGGAGAGAAGCCGUACAGAUGCCCUGAAUGUCAGAAAGCUUUCAGUACAAAAUGUCAUCUCACUCUACACCAGAGAACUCAUACAGGAGAGAAGCCGUACAGAUGCCCUGAAUUUGGUAAGACGUUCAGCAUGGCAAAAAAUCUUAAAAGACAUCACAGAAUUCACGUAGAACGGAAACCUUAUGAAUGUAGUGAGUGUCCAAAAUCCUUCAGGUAUAAGUCAAAGCUCAUAAUACACCAGAGAACUCAUACAGGAGAGAAGCCGUACAGAUGCCCUGAAUGUCAGAAAGCUUUCAGUACAAAAUGUCAUCUCACUCUACACCAGAGAACUCAUACAGGAGAGAAGCCGUACAGAUGCCCUGAAUGUCAGAAAUCUUUCAGAACAAAGUAUCAUCUCAUUCUCCACCACAGGACUCAUACAGGAGAGAAACCCUAUGAGUGCAAAGAGUGUGGAAAAGCUUACAGGGAGAAGACAAAGCUCAGAUUGCAUUACAGAACGCAUACAGGAGAGAAACCUUUUGAGUGUACUGAUUGUGGGAAAGGUUUUAUGCAGAAGUCAAACCUGAUGAUCCACCAAAGAACUCAUACAGGAGAUAGACCCUAUGGAUGUAGAGAAUGUGAGAAGACCUUCUGUAGUAAGUCUCAGCUUGCUGUUCACCAGCGAACUCAUACAGGAGAAAAAUCGUACGAAUGCAAGGAAUGCGGGAAAGCCUUCAGUAAAAACUCGCAUCUCCUGACACAUCAGAGAAUUCAUAGAGGAGAGAAACCUUAUGAAUGCAGUGAGUGUGGAAAAGCUUUUGUACACACAUCACAGCUUAUUGUACAUCAGAGAAAUCAUACAGGAAGAAAACCUUACGAAUGCAAGGAAUGUGGGAAAGCCUUCAAUAAAAAGUCACACUUCAUAACACAUCAGCGAAUCCAUACGGGAGAGAAGCCUUAUGAAUGCAGCGAGUGUGGAAAAGCUUUUAUAGACAAUUCACAGCUUAUUGUUCAUCGAAGAACUCACACAGGAGAGAAGCCUUACGAAUGCAAGGAAUGUGGGAAGGCCUUUAAUAAAAAGUCAUCCCUCAUAACACAUCAGAGAAUUCAUACAGGAGAGAAGCCUUACGAAUGCAGUGAAUGUGGAAAAGCUUUUAUAGACAAGUCACAUCUCAUUGUCCAUCAGCGAACUCAUACGGGAGAGAAACCCUAUGAAUGCAGUGAAUGUGGAAAAGCUUUCAUACGAAAGGCAAUGCUCAUUGUCCAUCAGAGAACACACACAGGAGAGAAACCUUUUGUGUGUCCCGAAUGCCAAAAAGCCUUUAGCAGUAUGGCCAUGCUUAGUAGACAUCAGUUGAUUCAUACAGGAGAGAAACCCCAUGGAUGCAAGGAAUGUGGAAAAGCUUUCCGCCAAAAAAGCCAUCUUAUUAUCCAUCAGCGGUGCCAUACUGGAGAGAAACCCUAUGGAUGUGUUCCGUGUGGUCAGAUCUUCAACCAGAAGUCCCAGCUCAUUAGGCAUCAGAGACGCCACACGGGAGAGAAACCGUAUCAGUGCAUUCAGUGUGGAAAAGCCUUUUUUGAGAAAUCAUAUCUCAGUGUCCAUCAGAGAAGUCACACAGGACAGAAACCUUAUCAGUGUAAUGAGUGUGGGAAAACGUUCUCUGUCAAGUUCUUUCUCACUUCACAUGAGGAAAUUCAUACUGGAAAGAAAUCUCAGGAGCAUGAGAAGCCUUAUGAGUGCAGAGAAUGUCCACAGGCUUUUAGUAGUAAGUCUCAGCUCACUCUGCACCAGAAGUGCCACACAGGAGAGAAACCCUAUGAAUGCAGUGAGUGUGGGAAAGCCUCUCCCGACAAAUCUGCUAGUUUUCCAUCAGAGACCUCAUGCCAGAGAGAAACCCUAUGAAUGUAAUGAAUGUCGGAAAACCUUCAUUAGUAAGCUGCAUCUCAUUAAGUGUGAGAGAAUUCAUACAGUUGAGAGAUCCUAUGGAUGUAAGGAAUGUGGAAGAACUUUCUCUCUGAAGUUUAGUCUCACUUUUACAUCGUAAGAUGCAUACAGGAGAAAAGCCCAGUGAAUGAAGUCAGUGUCAAAAGCUUUCAUCCAAGGUCACAGCUCCUUGAACACCAAAGAACUCACCCUAG